UACAAAUUUCCCCGACAAAUAAUGGCGUACAAAAUGAAUGACUAUGAUUUUGAUACCAAACAGCAAAUGCAUAGUAUUUUAGACAGUGGAAUGAAUAAGCUCAGACAGUCUUUUGAUAGAAGCAGUAAUGCUAGCCAGUCUAUGGCAUCCUCAAGACAAAGUCCUUCCCUCAGGAAAAAGAGCCAAAUUAGACAAGUCUUGGAUGACAUGAAGUCUAAUGCCUCUUCAUCAAUUGCAAAUUACAAUGACGAUACUCAAUAUGGAUUCUAUAAUAUGCCUUCGCAGAACACGAAUCCUAAGAAUGAGACCUCUAUGUUAUCAAAUAUUGACUUUCCCGCAGAAUCGCCAAUGAAGAAGGAAAUAAAAUCUAAAAGAAUGAAGAUGCAGAGUGAACUUGACCUCCUCCAGAGAAAGAUCCAAGGGCUUGAAGAAAGAUUUGCUUCCAACGUCAAAGAUUCAGGCAUUAAGCAAAAAGAGCAGUCCAGCCAGCAAUGAUUUACCUUCCAUAAUACCGACACUAAAGAAAACAGAAGUCUCAAUGAAAUGGAGAAGGAAGAACUAGAGGAUUUGAAGAAAAAGACUUCUCCUCUUAGAAUAAAGAAACAGAAGCAGGUAGAAUAUGAUAAUAUUAUGAACCAGAAUAGUAACUACAGUAAUGCCAGGAACAGCUACAACUCUUUGAUGAAGAAUCAUGCAGGCAACCCAAGUUAUUUCAUGAAUGAUAAUAUGAAUGAGAACAUGAACUAUUCCCAGACUCAAAACAUUUUGAAGGGGAGCCAACAGAGUAGAUAUGAUAUGAAUGAAUCUCACAGAAAUGAGAGCCAUUAUAUCAAAGAACCUCCUAUCCUUGACUCAAGAAUGAGCCAAGAUGAAUUAUAUAUGGAAAGCGUCCAGGAGAACAAAACUCUUAAGAAGAGUAGCAGAAAUGCUAAAAAUAGAGCUAUUGUCAGUUCACUUUUGAGCAACUCUUAUGACAACGCCAAGAGGCCGUCCAAGAAAAAGGCGACUAAUACUCACAGAAAGGAGUUUACUAAUAGCAUGAACCCAACCAAGAACAGUUUUAGGAAAGAUCAAUCAAACCAGCGAGCUAUUUCUACAAGAAGUGUCAAGUAUAAACCAAGUAUCCUCAAAUCAAGCAGGCUAAGUGAGUCUCGAUCGGAAAGAUCCUUCAGUCAUCACGACAGGAGUAUGUCACUAAGUCUUCGAAACGAGAAAUCUGCCUUCAAAGACACGUUGAAAAAGAUAAGAUUUGAGGACAAAUACAAGGAUGCAUAUGCCAAAAUGGAGGAUUACAAGGGAAAAUAUAUCAAGCAGAGAAAGGCCAAUAUUGAACUCAAGAAGAAAGUCGAAAAAUUAGAGAAAGAAGUGGAGAAAUAAGGACAAAUAUCAGAAAAAGAACAAAGAAAUCAAGAAGGAAUAUAAUAACCUCAUUGACGCCUUUGAUAAAAGUGAAGAGAUUCGGAAAGGCCAGAAAGAGCUUAUAGCUGCUUUGAGAGCAGAAAUAUCAAAAUUAAGAAAGAAAGGAGAUAAAGAGUUCUCCAGUAGACCUAAAACACUUAGAACUAAGAGAACGAAGAGUACAACUAGGAAGAAGUCUAAGAAACCACGCAAAUCAACAAGAACAUAAUUGUCAAUAUUAAAAUUAAAA